AUGGCAGACGACAACUCGACAUCUCCGACUCCCCCUGUGGCUCCUUCCCUUACAGUCAGCGCUGUAUUCAUCAUAUCUUACUUAUUAUUUUUGGUGAUCACGGCUUUGGCCGGAAACGGUUUGUUAAUAACAGUCAUCAUCAAAAGAGAACUUCUGCAAAAGGUUCACUAUUACUUUAUACUGAGUCUGGCAAUUUCCGAUUUCUUGAACGCUCUUUUAAAAAUACCCACGACUAUUCUUGGACGUUUCGACAGAAAUUGGUACCCAAGCUACAUCGUUUGCUACUUCACUACCCCUCUCGGGGUGCUUUUUGGGGCGGCGUCCGUGUUCAGUUUAUCAUCGGUGGCUAUCAAUAGAUACCUGGUAAUAUCGUCGCCUUUAAACUACUCUGAUCGAAUGCCGCCCUUCCUUGCGAAAGUCAUCUUAGCUCUGAUUUGGCUCGGGAGUUUUUGUCUUGCAAUUCCACCCGUAAUGUGGAGAGAAAAGGAUGCUAUCUGCCGAAGUGGGAGGAUUUCCAAAGAACAUUACACGUCAGAAGUACUUUACUUCUUUUUGGCGUUGUGGUUAUUUGUGAUCGUUAUUCCUUCAAUCAUUAUGUGCGUGUCAUACGUGAAGAUAUUCCUCAUCGCGCGAUAUCACGCGAUACAAAUUAACUCCCAGAAUAACGCCACUGUAAUGUGCCAGGAAACAAGAAAAAGACGAAGAGACGUAAAAGCUGCAAUUGUAUUGGCAGUGAUCGGAGGAAUUUUUAUCCUCUGUUGGUUCCCUUUCUUUGUUGUACAAACGGUUCACAAAUUUGGCCAAGGAAAAAUAAGCCCUAUUUACUUCAACAUUUUUCUGUGCGUGAUGUAUUCAAACUCAGCAUUAGAUCCAGUUUUGUUGUUUUUGUUUAAUGCUGAGAUAAGGAGGAAUUUGAUACGACUAUACUGCAGGGCAUUCCAAAAGACAAAUCCACAGGUCACCCAGUCAGAACUUUCGUCUUUCUUAACCAGGCAGGCCAACGAGGAACUUACAAGGGGAAGUACGUGAAGUACAUACACCACAAGUCUCUAACUUGUCACAUGACGUUUAUGUUAAAGAGGCUGUGUCAAGGCUUGUGAAUGACAGUCACAGCUUCGUGUGAAGCAACUAUGUCUUCCAAACAUUGAAUAAAACAUUACAAAUAGAAAAAAUGAACUUUGAAAAACCAAAAUUGAAAUCAGUUUCAGUCCUCUGCAGGUUUGUCCAUCCGUACUCCUUUUUGUAUUCGCUGUAUUAUUUAGAACUUCUUUUCAUAUUUUGACCGUUUUUUUUUGUUUUACCCAGUUUAGUGGCAGUUCCCCUUUUAAUCUCGUAUCACAGUUCUUAUGACAAAUCAAACACAAAGUGACUGGGACUAGCUUUUUACGUCGCGCACUGUGUUUGACAAAGUAUUGUUUAACGUCAAAGUCUGUCAUUCCAGCCAGAGAAAUACUACCAUGUGAAAGCAGCGGAGAUGUUCUUUAAAAAACUGGAAUUGAACCAGCCCCAAAGAAAGACCAAUAUGACAGACGUCUGUAGUUAGAGUUAGAGUAAAUUCAACUUCGACAAAGAAGUUGUCUUUAAAUGCUAUUACCCGUCUUUCUUUUUCGUGUUCUGCUUUCUUUACUCCUGUAAGCACAGUCCUAGGUGAUAUAAUACCAGUGUGAUUCAAUGUAUUGGUAUACCUUCCUAAGACGCUAUAAAGUAAUGCAAAAAUAUCUCCAAUGUACUCCUUAGAAUAAGACGUUAAGUAUCCACACAGUCUAUUACAUAUUCCCGUUAAAGGAACUUCCUUUUUACAGGUAAAUGAGACUACAGAAAGAUUAUACAUUCUUGGAAAUAUAGUCGAAAUGUUAGACCAUCUCUACAAUACAACCAGCUAUCAGCAAUUUCCAGUCGAAGCAAAGUAGGUAAUAAAACUUUUGGUGUGGGAAUUUUGGCGAGUGGAAUGAUUGCUUACAGACGGUUCGACGGUAGAUUCUCUUUUACUCAUUUAACCUUGCCGAUUCUACGGAAGUGUAAGUGAUCGCAAGAAGAAUGUGAAUUUUCGAAAAUAUCAGUUUAAAGUAACUUCUUUGUUGUAUGUUAAAGGGGUCAAACUACAAAACAUAAAUACCAUUCUCAUAACAAUGCAGUCAGCUUUGCUCCCUUACUUUUUAUUAAGAAAAUGUAUUCAUAUAUUUUCACGGUCUAUAAAUGGUUAAUUUGGAGUUGCACAAUCGUUCCUUUUACGGGCACUUUACAGGAAGCCGCUGGACGAAAAACUGGAUUUGCACAAAUUUGUUCAAGGCGAAUAUGUAAAUCUGGGCCAAUGAUAGUGAAUGUCACACUUGCUUACCUAUUUACAACCCUGUGUAUUAUUGUAUGCAAAUGAGGCAUUUAUCAUCUUUGCCCCUUAGUUACUCCUCAGUAUUUCAUUUUUGCGACACAUUUGCCAUGAGCAAAUUUGCAAGGCCAUUUUUUUCGUCGUAGCAUGAAAAAACAAAAAACGAUUUCACUUCCGUAAGCAAAUCGUAUCCUGUAAAAAAAUAAGACAUUUUGUGGAUUAGUAAGUUUUAUCUUAUUUGUCAGUCUAAGAGCAUCAUCAAUAAAAAAGACAAUGGUGGUGGCGGGAAAGAUUAUAGCCGAUGAAAAUGGCAUUGAUGAUAAUAAUGAUGAUAACGAAGAUGAUGAUGAUGAUGAUGAUGAUGAUGAUGAUGAUGAUGAUGGUGGUGAUGAUGAUGACGAUGAUGAUAAUGAUGAUGAUGAUGAUGACGUACUUUUGAUGAUUUCACGGAAUCGCCUUUUCAAUAAAAUAAUUCAAAGGAAAAAGCCCUUGAUUCAU